AUGACGAGGGUGGCUCUCGAGUAUCAGACCAUAGCGCACAUGGUUGAAGAUGAUUGCGUCGACAAUGGAAUCCCUCUUCCCAACGUCACGAGCAAGAUCCUCCCGAAUGUGAUUGAGAACUGCAAGAAGCACGUGGAUGCUACUGCUUCCAACGAUCAGACCAAGAUUGAUUGGUCUGGGCAAAAUGCAGCCAGCGUAGCCUCUGAGAUAUGUAGAUUCAUUACUGUGCUCACAGGCACAAUGAUACUUCAUGGGACCAAGGAAGACGAACAACAAGCUUCUUCAGGCAAUGCUGAUUUGAUAUUUGGGUCUUCAGAAUCAGUACGAUGGUACGAGUCAAGAAAGAGCACGAACAAGAACACCUGA